UUGUUACUGGCUGGCUGCAGACGGAGUGCACGGCCAUAUCCCACCCAAUGGCAGAUUUUGUACAGAAGGAUUGCAUAUGGCUGUAGUGCCUGCUGGAGGACUAGCUGUUCAGCUCCGACGCGUGAAGCUUCUGUACUACUAUCGGAUCAGACGAGUAUGAUAGGGCGAUGCGGAGGCAGAAGGAGGAAGGAUUCGACCGGACAAGAUACUUGACAUAUAAAACCAUUGGGGGCCAUCCCACCACCACUAUUUGGCCCUCACAUGGCGCAGCUGGGAACGACGACAAUGGAGCCUGUGAGACUGCGCAGGCCGGCGGUAGCUUGUAUAGAGUGUCGAAGGCGGAAGGUCAAGUGUGAUCGCGGACACCCCUGCCUUCGGUGCUCCCAGUCCAACUUGCUCUGCUCAUAUACCGCAAGGUCCGUGUCUUCUGUAUCCAGGUUGCCGGCUAUGGGCACGAAUACUGGGCUCGAACGGGCGGAAACGGGUACAACGACUCCCACAAUAUCGCCAACUCUCAACCUGGCCUGCUCUCCACACACGUACGAGGACGCUAGUAAUGAUAACGACACGGGCAAUGCUCACGCCCGGGCCAGUGCGGCACUUCCUCCUGUCAUUCACGCGCGCGAUGCAGCUCCAAAGAGCAUCACCCUUGGACAAGGGUCUGUAGCUUCGCGCUCUGACUCCUCGCUCAGUCCGCAUGAGCGGUUGAUCAGCAUGAAUGAUGGUCAAGAUAGACCCCAGUACUGGAAAGCGGUCCUCUGCCAGGCAAGUCUCUCUGCACUCCUGGACACCAGACGCUCGUCCUAACAUCAUCACGUAGCUUGCCAAAGCUAGUCUUGCAUCCAAAGUCUGUAAUGCGGUCAGUGGAGCUGGCUCUACCACCGAGGUCGAGGAGCUCCAGAAGCAGUGUGCUCGCCUCGCCCAGAGCGAAGAAAGGUUGCGGCGCGAGCUAUAUCAGUCAUACACCUGGGACUCGUGGCGGGACUGUCCAUCGCGACUAGUAUGUGACGAGCUCGUGAAAUUGUACCUCUCCUCAUUUGAGGGAGUCUUCCGAGUGCUUCACAUACCUACUUUUCAACAUCAAUACCAGCAACACAGAGCCGCAUCGCAAAGCUCAGCCAACCGUGAUUUUCAGUACACCCUUUCGGUCGUGACCGCCAUCGGAGCAUGCAUACAGACCAGUGCCGGCGAUUCGAAAAGCUCACUACGCCCGUACGCAAUCAAGUCGAUUCUCGAUGCUCAGAAAUGGGUCAUGUCGAACUGUGAAGGACCCAACAUCACACUGGCGACUCUGCAGACGUAUUGUCUCAUACUCCUUGCGCAGCAGACUACUGGUCUGGGCUUGAGCACGAUCUCAAUUUCGAUCGACGCUCUGGUCCGCGCCGCGAUGCGUCUGGAUCUGCACCGACCACAACGACCAGACUGUGGUUCCUCGCUCUCAGAAACAGAUGUGCAGUUACGGAAGAAGCUGUGGUGCACUAUAGUUGAACUAUCUAUCCAGUCUAGUCUUGACGCCGGGCUCCCUCCAUCGCUACUCCCCGCCGACUUGCAAAUCGAUUUGCCCUCAAAUAUUGACGAUGUCGAGAUCUCGCACUCUGCCCCGAAGCCGCUUAACUCCUCCAACAAGACGGACGCAACUGUUCAGAUUCUCCUCGCGAGAACGGCAACCGUACGACUCAGGAUCCUGCAUCAUCUUUAUGGCUUCAGCUCGAUUGAAUCGUACGACACCAUCUUGCAGCUGGGCGGCGAACUCAUGGACCAAUACCGUGCGAAUGUGAGGAUGCUUGAAGACCUGUCCUCUCAACCUUGUGCAGGUCACAGUGAUAUGAGCACGAGAUUUCAGAUGAGUUUAUUGGAUGCUCUCACAUUGGGGCCGCUCAUGGCGCUCCAUAGCCCUUUCGCAUACCUGGCACGGGCCAAUCCCAAGUUCUACUUUUCGCGCAAGAUAUGCUUUGAAGCAGCAUGGGCACUACCAUCCAGACGCUUGCCCCCGUCAACACAGCGUUCCGCUGGGCCUACCCGCACUCUAUAUGAUGCCCUGCUGGUGCACGCUUCUGGCUUAUUUGAGCGAGUGCACCUUCAAAGUACGGCACUGAUCUGUAUGGAGAUGUUGAGCAGCUUCACGGAAGGAUCUUUCCUGUCCAACUCUCUCUUCGACUCUGCGGUGGUGUUGGAAGCAGUUCAGCAAAGUAUUGACCUGUGCGCACGCCGGCUCGACAACGGAACGACAGACGUCGCUUCUCAUGUAAUUCUCUCCUGUGCACUAGCACACAUACGCGCGCUCAAGAGCAGAUCCGAGCCUCAAGUACUUGUCGCAGAGGGGGCAGUACAAAGUCUGAAAGAAUGUCUGCAUACAUUGCAAUGCGCGGCGGCGAGACGACGCACCGCCACUCAAUCGAGCAUGGCCGUCGAGGCCACCGAGCCAGGCAUAUCACAUGACUCAAAUGCUCUCAAUGAGGACUGGUGGGCCAGCCAGGAUCCGCUUGAUCUCACUAUCACUUCCGCCUCAUGGUGGGGAGGCGAAGACGGGAGCUUACUGAACGAUUCAGCAUACCAAAGUACGUAACUACUUGCUCACGGUGCGACUGCCAUGCCACGACAGCAUCAACACACACAGCACGGGGGCUAUUGCUUUAGCCGUGCCUCUAAAAGAGUGGCUUGCUCUGCCAACGCUGCAGCAUUCGACUCGAACCCCUGAGGAACCCAGACGCGCGACAACUCGAACCCUGCAUCCUCCAAGAUCUCCUCAAACUGCUCUUGCGUUCGCUCCAGUGACGCAAAGGAGACCAUCAUCGUUAAAUCGGCCUGUGCAGAUGACAGAGCGACGUUGCAGUCGGGUAGAAUUGUCUCGUUAAUAAGCAGAAGGGAGUCGGGUGCCAUUGCCUCUCGCACUCUCUUGAGGAUCUGAACUGCUUGUUUGUUGGGCCAGUCGUGUAAGACAGUGCGUAGAUAGUAGGCCUUUGCGCCCUUCACAGGCUGCGGAUCGAAGAAAUCGUAUCCCAUCGCUUCAAUGCCGUCCGGAAGCUGCUUGCAGCCUUCAAUAACGCCUGGAAGAUCCUGGAGCACUAGUUUCCCGACGAGUGCGGGAAAGGCGUCGUGGAAAGCUGUAAUGUCACCCCCUUGACUCCCUCCGACGUCGACCAUCACCACCCGGGAUAGAUCAUGCACCUGUAAUUUCUCCUCCACCGGAAAGAAACUGAACCAAUUCUGGCCACGCCGACGAUGGGAGAGUGUCAUGACGGUGUUGAAAGCUUCUUGAUAGUAUGGCUUGCUGGCCAAGAAGUUGAAGUAAUGCUCCUUGGUAUGCAUGGCGUACUGGAAAGGCCCGUCGUACACAUCAUUGGGGUUCUUCCAGCCUUUCUCUGCAAAGUACUCGGGUAAUUGAGCAAGAAUGGUAUAGAAAUGCGACCUGUGACAUGGCAGAAUCAGUUCCCUCCCUCCAUGACGAGAUGAUUGCACUUUGUCCACUUACACGUGAAUAGUGACGGCAGACAGCGGAGACUGGGACAGGUAGGCAGACGCCAUUGCAAGCGGCACGUACGAUUCCGCGGCGGGCUCUUCGAACAAGCGCAUAGCAACGAGCAUGCGCAUGAUGCGUCGAAGUAGGAGUCCAUCAACUCCGGUUUCACUCGCCAGGCUGGCCAGAGAUACUGGCUCGCCUUGGGCGCUCAGGUGUGCGGCCGCAUCGAAAACUUUCAUAUCGACUGCCAGCCUCAGUCCCAUUGUCUGGUGACCUGCGAACAGGAUCCGGAGCGUCUUUUCAAACGGCAACUCGAGGCGGUCUCGCAGCCUCUCACACAAUGCGAGCAUACGCUUGCGCUCACUCUCAUCGUCGACGGUCCAAGUAGUGGAGCCUUGGUCGUUGAGCACGCUGUCGACGCGGUCGGCGAGAUCUUUCAAAC